AUGUUUCGUGUAGGGUCUGGUGGUCUAGUACGAACCACUGAUGACAGUUGUGAGCGUUUGAAAAGCCUAAUUGGACGUUCAUUGGAGCAGAACAAUCUAGAGACGGCCGAGUUUUUAGCGGAACUGCUGUGCACUGAAGUACAACGACUGGAAAGUGCAGAGCGCGAGUCUGUAGAAGCUGCUUAUCUUUACGGACUGGUUCUUUAUUUGAAGGGAGAUCUCAAAAGUUCCCAGGCAGUUGUUCGACUAUAUAGGGCCGAAAAUUUGCUUUGUGCGUACGUGCUGGCACGGUGCGCCUUGAAGCUUGACAGAUCAGCAUGGGAUGAGGCUGCACGAUGUUUGGAGCUGUUACUAGACACACACUCAUUCCAAAAAGCAGAGUCUUACUAUGGAAUGCCAGAGGAAGCCACCACGUACACAAUUUUAGGACAGCUCUAUUUCAAAAUGGGUAAAGUGAAGGAGAGCUGCGUAGCACAUUCUCACGCGUUAGACCUUGACCCGUAUAUGUGGGAGUCCUUUAGAGCCUUGUGCGACAUGAGAGCGAAUGUAAAGGUAGGCAAGCUCUACAAAAACUCUCAGGACUCUUCCAGAGUUUCGCAAAGUCACAACAAAAAUCGCAAGAGUUUAGUUGUCAAGCCUCAUACACCUUUCAAGAUUCCUGGAUUUGAGUCAAAAAGGCGAACGCAUAACAAUCAACCGCCAAAUGUGAAACAAAGGCUCGGCGUUUCUACAAACUCACUUCUAAAACCUAUCAAUGGCGCAGGCGUCACUACACCCCAUUCUUCGUUGCCAAAAUCAAAAUUAUUGACGACACCACCGUCCAAGUUUUCUAUACAUGAUAAAUCAGUAACUCCUGAUCAUAAGGAGGCCGGUAUAAACCUUAGUGGACCCAACUCAGGGACUGGCCAUUCUUCAGCAUUUACAUCAGGACUUGAUGCUAUAUUUUACGCUUUGGCAAAGUCCUACAAAUCUGCAUCGAGGUAUGACUGCUACAAAGCAGUUCGUAUACUGAGCGACGAACUUCCGCGUCACAUUUUGACCGGCAUGCCAUGGGUUUUAGCUAAUUUGGGUAAGCUGCACUUUGAGCUAGUAAAUUACGAAAUGUCUAAGAAGUACUUUCAAGCACUGCGAGAACUUCAACCAUCCAGAAUUUCAGAUAUGGAAAUAUACUCCACUCUAUUGUGGCAUUUGAAUGAUUCAACAGGCCUUUCACACCUUUGUCACGAACUUUUAGAGGUAGAUCGUUUGGCGCCAGAGACCUGGUGCUGCAUUGGCAAUCUGUUUUCAUUGCAAAAGGACCACGAGGAAUCCACCAAGGCAUUCCAAAGAAGCACUCAACUUAACCCAAUGUUCACCUAUGCUUACACGUUGCAAGGUCAUGAGUACUCGAGUAACGACGCUUUUGACACUGCGAUGACAUGUUAUCGUAAGGCAAUUGCAUCAAAUCCACACCAUUACAAUGCGUUCUACGGUUUAGGUAUGUGUUGUUUAAAGUUGGGACAGUACGAGGAGUGCUUUUUACAUUUCGAAAAGGCGAGAAGUAUAAACCCCGUCAAUGUAAUCUUGAUUUGUUGCUGCGGUGUAGCGCUAGAGAAAUUAGCACACCAGGAGAAAGCUUUACAGUAUUACGACCUGGCGUGCGAAUUACAGCCUAUGUCAUCGCUUGCACUAUUCAAACGAGCUCAACUAUUAUUGGUCUUGGGCAAAUAUAACUUUGCGUUGGAGAGCUUUGAAAAGCUAGUUACUAUAGCACCCGACGAAGCCACCAUCCACUUCCUGCUGGGCCAAUUAUAUCAAAUCGUGGGCAGGAAACAAGAUGCUAUUAAAGAGUUGACAGUAGCAAUGAACUUAGAUCCCAAGGGAAGCCAGUUGAUUCAAACUGCUCUGGAAAAGUGUCAUCUUAUGGAUUAA